CUCGUCACACAAUUCAAAUUAUUGUGCGCUUUUUCUUGCAGGAACUGGUCCGGUCGUUUUACUGUAUUAUCGUUGCAUUUUAUGUUUGACGUAACUUUAUCCAUCGUCUUUAACACUGAUUUAAGUAGAAUUCGUUACAAAUGAACGGACCGAAGUCACAUCUUUCGCCAAGCUGCAUGAGACCUCCGCUACGACCAGUAAAUUCCGCAGCUCCAGAAAGAAGAAGUGUCCGUAAUGUCCAACAAAAGAAGCAUUGGUCUUUGGAUAACUUUGAUAUUGGUAAACCUCUUGGCAAGGGCAAGUUUGGAAAUGUAUAUCUGGCAAGGGAAAAGGAGAGCAAAUUCGUUGUGGCAUUAAAGGUGUUGUUUAAGUCGCAACUGAUCAAAAGCAAUGUUGAACAUCAGCUUAGACGAGAGGUUGAAAUACAAGCUCAUCUCAGGCAUCCUCAUAUUCUCAAAUUAUAUGGCUACUUCCAUGAUGAGAAGAGAGUGUAUCUGAUCCUAGAAUUUGCUGCCCGGGGGGAAAUGUACAAAGAACUGACAAAAAAGGGAAGAUUUUCGGAGACUGACACUGCAACAUACAUUGCAGAAUUGGCAGAUGCUCUGAAUUAUUGCCAUGGCAAAAAUGUCAUACAUAGGGAUAUCAAGCCGGAAAAUCUACUGAUGGGUUUGCGAGGGGAACUCAAAAUUGGAGAUUUUGGCUGGUCUGUUCAUGCACCUUCUUCCAGGAGGCAAACUCUUUGUGGUACAUUGGACUAUUUACCACCAGAGAUGGUUGAAGCAAAGCCACAUGAUGAGACUGUAGACUUAUGGUCCCUAGGUGUUCUCUGCUACGAAUUUUUGGUUGGGAAACCGCCAUUUGAAUCUGCUUCGAAUGAAGAUACUUAUAGAAGAAUCCGAAAUUGCCAGUAUGAUUUCCCUUCUCAUGUCUCUGAAGGAGCAAGAGAUUUAAUUCGAAGAUUACUGCGAUAUAUUCCACACCAGCGAUUGUCACUGAAGGGUGUGAUGAAUCAUCCAUGGAUCAAAGAAAAUGCAAGAGUGCAUAAGUUUGGCCCUGAUGGUGUCCCUAUAAAAUAACAGGAUUAUUUGGCAGUUCUAUUGUGGUCAGUCUCCGUUUCUUUGAAUUGCAUGUUUUUUUGUUAUUUUACUAUCUGCAGCAGUGGCGCAGCCAGGGGGGUUUCAUGGUCGACCCUCCCACCCCCACCUUUUUAAAUUUUUGUAAGGAUGAAAAGUCGGUAAUAAUGCGUGCGAUUGUAUUUCGGUAAAUCGCCAUUAUUUUUCGUUAGCGUGAAGCCGUUCCGCGGGGUUUUUGAGGCGAUUAGAAUGUAUUAUUGAUAUACUAAUAUAGGUUGUAUGUUUUUUUAUUGUACUAAACGUUAUUGUAUAUUCUGGGAUUUUAUAGCAGAUCUUGUGUUUUCCUCACGCAUGACAUUUUCGCAAGAUGGCAAAAAUAUCAAAAUGAAAUAAUAUCCGGCAUUUUAUCUCACAUUUUUAUGUCCGCAGAUUGCCGUGGUAUUUGGAAGUAAUGCUCCUAUUUUAUCGUAAGCGAACACAACAGGGAGAGUUACCUUGAAAACAAUUAAAUUAAUAUGAAGAGACAUUUUUUAAUUCUCGGCCGUCUCAAAAGCCGUUGCUUGGGAAUGUCCGAAUCCUGGCUGCGCCCUUCAUCCGUAGAAUCUUAUCAUGCCAUAAACGUUAACUGCUUGCAAGUUGUAUUUAUAGAAGACUCGUAUUGUUCUUUUCAUGCAAUAUAAACUCCUGUGUGCAUUACGUCUAAUUCUUUGAUGAAAAAGAAAAAUCAGUUUUAUGGAUUCACUGAUAGCCGUUGCCCGUUGCAACUUCUAAUUCUUUGAUAAUAGCGAGCGAGUAAUCGAUUUUACACAAGCACACAGUCCAAAUUGUAAGUUAUCUCAUUUAUUAAAAAUUGUGUUUUAUAUAAUCCGCAAUAAAACAUCCAUCAGUUUAA